GGGCGGGGGCCUGCCCGCUCGCGGGCUCGGCGCUCGGCUGGCGGGGCUGGCGCGCGGGCCGGCGGCGGCGUGGCGGUGACGGCGGCCGUGAGGCGCGCGGCGGCGGCAGGAUGGUGAAGCUCACGGCGGAGCUGAUCGAGCAGGCGGCGCAGUACACCAACGCCGUCCGCGACCGCGAGCUCGACCUGCGCGGUUACAAGAUCCCAGUUAUCGAGAACCUCGGUGCCACCCUGGACCAGUUCGACGCAAUCGAUUUCUCUGACAACGAGAUCCGCAAGCUGGAUGGGUUCCCUCUGCUGAGAAGGCUGAAGACUCUCCUGAUGAAUAACAACAGAAUUUGUCGGAUUGGUGAAGGACUUGAACAGGCCUUGCCCUAUCUCAGGGAGCUCAUUCUUACCAACAAUAACAUUGCUGAAUUGGGUGAACUGGAUCCGUUAUCAACUAUUAAAUCGUUGACUUAUCUGAGCAUUUUAAGGAAUCCUGUAACAAAUAAGAAGCAUUACAGAUUGUAUGUAAUCCACAAAGUUCCUCAGGUCAGAGUGCUGGAUUUUCAGAAAGUGAAACUCAAAGAGCGACAGGAGGCAGAGAAAAUGUUCAAGGGCAAACGGGGUGCACAGCUUGCAAAGGAUAUUGCCAGGAGAACAAAAACCUUUAAUCCAGGUGCUGGUCUGCCAACUGACAAGAAGAAGGCCGGGCCCUCCCCCGGGGAUGUGGAGGCAAUUAAGACUGCUAUAGCAAAUGCCACAACUUUGGCUGAAGUGGAGAGGCUGAAGGGCUUGCUGCAGUCCGGUCAGAUACCCGGCAGAGAACGAAAAUCAGGCCCCUCGGAGGAUGCUGAAGAGGAGAUGGAAGAAGACCCAGUUCCCAAUGGAUCUUAGGUCCUGCCUCGGUGCUGGGAGGCUGCGCGACGCCCUGUCGUCUGUCCGUGAAAACACUUCCCUGCUCACCCAGCGUUUUUCCUGGCACCAGGGGCUUCUGGAUCAGUCAGUGCUGGAGAUGCUGCGGGUGUUUGGGAAGGGCCAUUUUGUCCUUUUUCUUGCUGUACAUGUCACAGUUCAAUAAAUGAAUGUUGCCUUUUUCA